UUGUGCCUCAGCUGAUCGGACGUCGCUUCGUCAUAUAUCAGGAUUUGACAAUACCGGCAAUGUGCGCAUAUGGCCGGGAGGUGAGGCGCUCGCCUAUUACUUGUCGAUUCGGCCUCCACUAGUUUCGGGCAAGGUGGUGCUGGAGCUAGGAGCAGGACUGGUUGGACUUCCGGGUUUUAUUGCUGCCAUAUAUGCAACACGGGUCAGGAUUACGGAUGGCAAUGAGCACUCUGUAGCGUCUUUGAAAGACAUCGCCAAGAGAAAUCCGCUGCCAAAUGUAGAGAUCGAACUACUGAGGUGGGGAAUCGGAAAGGACGAGAAAAAGUUUGAUCUGAUUCUUGCCGCCGAUUGCGUAUUUUUCCCUGAAUAUCAUGAAGACUUGGUAAACACUUUUGAUAGGUAUCUUGCCCAUUUGGGUAUCAUAUAUGUUUGCAGUCCAAAAAGAAAAGGUAGCUUGGAUCGAUUUAUUGAAUUUAUUGAAGACGAUAGCCGAUUCACAUACGAAUUUAUCUCUGAAUUCGAUUAUAUUAUGGAUGAUUUAUGUGUUCUCAAAGAUGAGCAAAGAGAUGCUGAAUUACCGUAUUUAUUAUCGCUCAAGCGUUGCCUACCGGAUGACACGGCUAAGUAA